CACCAGUGCAGUGCAGUAGUUGCUGUAGCCCUAACCCCGGCUCAUCGUAGUCCAUCAGGGACAUUGUCCCUAGUCCCUCUAGUCCCUCUCCAGGCUGCAGCCAAGACUUCUGCGAUACGAGAUCCCAGUCGCUUCGAGAUGAGUAGAUGGUUGACAAUCAUGACCCAAUGCUGAGCAUACCCUUCCUGUUCGGAGACACCAAGGGCUUCCAGAUGGCGGAUGCCCAGGUAUAAAGAGGCCCUCAUCGCCCAGGCAAAUAGAGAAUCAUCAGAGACUCAUCACUCCGAGAAUCCCAGCAAGCAAAGACCAAGCCAGUCCAGCAGCACCUUCUCAGCUUCAAAAUGCGUUUCAGCAACAUUCUCGCAGCCCUGGCUCUUGGAGUCUCCUCUGUUCAGGCGUGGAACCGUAUCGACAAGGACAAUGCGGCCCUCCUUGUGAUCGACCACCAGGUCGGUCUCACCCAGCUGGUGCGCGACUACAGCACCAACGACUUCCGCAACAACAUCAUUGCCCACGCUGCCAUCGGCAAGGCCUUCGACCUGCCCACCGUCUUGACUUCCUCCUCCGACACUGGCCCCAACGGUCUUCUCCUCAAGGAGAUCACCGACAUGCACCCCAACGCCACCUUCGUCCGCCGCCAGGGUGAGGUCAACGCCUGGGACAAUGCUGAGUUCCGUGCUGCCGUCAAGGCCACUGGCAAGAAGCAGCUGAUCAUCGGUGGUAUUGUCACUGAAGUUUGCACCGCUUUCCUGGCUCUCUCCCUGAUCGAUGAGGGCUACGAGGUGUAUGCCAACACCGAGGCCAGCGGUACCUUUGAUGCCAAGCUCGCCAUCGAUGCCAACCGCCGCAUGGAGAAGGCCGGUGUCACUCUGAUGGGCAUCUUCGGCAUUGUCUGCGACCUCAUGCGCGACUGGCGCAACACCCCCGGCCUGCCCGAGCUCCUCCCCUGGCUCGACCAGUACCAGUUCGCUUACGGUCUGGUUGCUCGCCACCACGCUGGUGCCAUUGUCAACGGUACCCUGGCUGCCGUCGAGGAGACCCUGAUCUAAACCUCGUCCGCGCCACUCGGGCACUCCGAGGCUGAUGGCCUGUAGAGCAAACCUGGCGACAGUGGCUUUAGCCUUCGUGGGUGCCCGACCGCUG